AUGUCGGCAGCACCACCAACGACAAUAACAGACGCGGGCCCAAUAACCAUCUCCGUCGUCCAGGACGCCUCAGAUUUCUUACCCUUCUUCAAUGUCUGCGCCAGGUCCUUUGGAGACCAAAUUCAAGACGCCAUCUGGACAGCCAUCAGCCCAGGCUGGGACACGGAAACGGGCCGCCAAGCCAACGCCGACCGCUUCGUGAAGCGCUGGCAGACCACAAAGCCCACCAGCGCCGGCGACCCCAGCACCGUCUUCCUCAAAGCCACAGUGCCCGACCCAGACAGGCCUGGAGGUGAGCACAUCGUCGGUGUCGCGACCUGGGCGCAGCUCUCGUUCGCGCCCGGGUGGGGGAAUCCGCCGUCUACGGAGCUCGGCGGCACAGACGACAUAUUCCCGGACGAGAAAGCGGCGCGGCUGGCGAGGCAGAUCUGGGCCUCGCUCAUGAAGCCGCGUGUGGCGACUGUGCGGGCCAAGGAAGGAGACGAGGUGCCUGCUGUCUUUGUGCUGGACCUGUGCGCCGUCGACCCGGAUUUCCAGCGACGGGGGAUCGCGAGCAAGCUUGUUCGGUGGGGGCUCGAUGAGGCGGCCAGGCGGGGCGGGCUGGAGGCUACGACAGAGGCUUCGGUGAUGGGACGGUGGGUGUAUAAGCAGCUUGGAUUCGUGCCGGUGAAGGAGAUUGAGUACGAGGUGGAUGGAGAACUGCUGGGGUCCACUGUGCUGCCGUCAAACCUGUUUAUGAGGACGCGUCCAUGAUUGACGGUCGCGAAACUACAAAGGCUGCGAGAGGAGGCAUCAUGUGUGCCAUUCACCGAUCGUCUCUCUAGGAGCUGAGAGAGUAUGCAACACUACAUACUCAGCGACAACUCUAGAUGGGCCCUCUCAUCGUCGUGCCUCGCAUCUCCAUACACACGAGCCAUAUAGGCCCUUGGCGUACAUAAUGUCUAUGAGACUUGGCCAAGCACGCAACACAGAAAACUCAGUUAGUUGAGGA